GACGAAAUUAUUACAGCAGAUGGAUACCACGUCCAGAAUCACAUAGAUAUUAAAACAGAAGAUGGUUAUUUACUAACAUUGCAUCGAAUUCCUUCUGGAAAAAAUAACUCUGAUAUCAAAAGAAGACCAAGCGUGCUACUAAUGCACGGUCUUCUUGGCGGUUCAGCUGAUUGGGUGAGCAUGGGUCCCGAGAAGAGUUUAGCUUAUCUUUUAGCUGACAGAGGUUUCGAUGUGUGGAUGGGCAAUGCACGUGGCACAACUUGGAGUAGGAAGCAUAACGUUUUGGAUCCGGACGUCGACAAGCAAGAUUAUUGGAAUUUCAGCUGGCACGAAAUUGGAUACUAUGAUCUACCAAGAUUGAUCGACUACAUAUUAGAAAAUACUAAAUCUGAGCAACUAUUUUAUGUGGGUCAUUCGCAAGGGACAACAUCAUUUUAUGUCAUGGCUUCCGAGCGUCCAGAAUACAACAAGAAGAUAAAACUCGCCGUGUCUUUGGCACCUGUCGCCUACGUGGAAAAUGUUAAAUAUCGCUUGUAUCGAUUAUUGUCAAACUUUAUUCAAACAGCUGAAUGGUUGAUGAAGCGUUUCAAUAUUUACGAAUUGUUCCGUUACAGCGAAUUUUACAGAUUUCUAGCUCUGGACGCUUGCAAAGAUGGAAACGAAACUGAAGACACGUGUAAAAACCUCUUGAGUGGUGGAACUGGCAAAGACGUUGAACAAAUUAAUGGGACAAUAAUUCCGGUCAUCGCGUCGAACUCACCAUCAGGUGCUUCCACUAAACAAUUUUUACACUUCUUACAAGGAAUUAAAUCUGGUGAAUUUAAGCAGUACGAUCAUGGAGAAUUUGAAAAUUUGCUCAAGUACAAACAAAAAACGCCGCCCAGUUACAAUUUAACGCAAAUAACGGCUCCAGUUGCUUUAUAUUAUGCCAAAAAUGAUUUAAAAUCAGAUAUAAUUGAUGUACAAAGACUUACCGAAGAACUUCCAAAUGUUGUGGUCAAACAUCUUAUAGAGUACGAACAUUUCAACCAUAUGGACUAUUUAUUCGCAAUCGACGUUGUCAAGUUUUUGUAUAAUGAUAUAUUAAAUUGCAUGAACAUGUUUACAUAA